AUGGCAGACAAUAAAACUUAGAAUUCAUUAUUUGGAGGAGCACCCAAUACUGGUCUAUUCGGUUAAGGUACGGUUGCUGGCGGUGGUGGCAUAUUCGGAGGAUAAUCAACUGGCACUACAUCAGGUUUCGGAGGCUAAGGCCAAUCUUCAUAACUUUUUGGAGGCCAAGGAUUAUAAACCUCAUCAGGAACAUCUGGAGGUGGUGGAUUUGGAAGUCUAUCAACUACUCAGCCUUCAACUGGAGCAGGACUUUUUGGUGGAAAUCAAGGUGCAUAAACGACUCCAAAUCUAUCUUCAUUUGGUACUGCAAAUAAGCCUGGUGUGCAAUAAAAUGGAGCCUCUCUAUUCGGCGGUAAUGCUUCAGGAGGAGACUCAUCUAAGUAAACUACUACUACUUAAUCAAGUUUAUUCGGUGGUGCUAGUGGAGCUACAACUACUACAGGAACUCCUGCUUUUGGAGGAGGCUUAGCUGCAGGUAAGACCUCUCCAUUUGGGAAUAUAUCAGCCAAUUAAGGUGCAUCAACAUAAUAAGCAUUUGGUGGAGGAAGUGCAAGUUUAUUUGGAGGUAAGACAGAUGAGAACAAGACCUAAAAUCAACAAAAUUUAACUACAUCUACAACCUCAGCAACUGGAGGCGGAGGACUAUUUGGUUCUAGCACUGCCCCUUCAACUUUUGGAACUGGUACAGGUUCUGGAUUAUUUGGUGGUGCAGGUACCUAAAUCGGAGGUGGCUCGACCUCAACAACAGCUGCAAAUGGCUAAACUAGCUAAACUCAAUAAACUUAGGGAUCUACUUUUCUGUUUGGUGAUAAUAAACCAGCUGGUGGUCUGUUUGGCUUUUAAUAGUCAGCUUCAACUGGGUAAGAUAAUAAAUUACCAGCAACAGGUGGAUCAUCUAAUUUACUUGGCCAAUCAAAUUCCACAGCAGGAGUAUUUGGAUUAGGUGGCACUCAGCAAUAAAAUCAAGAUAACAAAACUUAAUAAGAUAAACCUACAACAGCUCCCUCCUAAUCAACAAUGUUUGGAAGUGGAGCUGGUUAAGGUGGCUAAUAACAAUCUAAUUUAUUCGGGGCAACAGGCUAAAAUAAAACAGAAUCAUCAGCAACUUAGCAACAGACUAGUUCUCUAUUUGGAGGUUCAGGAGGAGGCUUAGGCAAUCUAUCAUCAUUUGGCUCAGCAAAUAAACCAACUGGCUAAAAUUAAUAAACUGAAAAUAAACUUACUUCAUCAUCAGUAAUGUUUGGUGGUUAGGGUGCAAGUGCUUAGACUCAAUAGAAAGAAGAAAAGAAAAAAGAAGAGGCACCAAAGCUAAACUUAGCUGGAAUCUCUUCAAGCGUAGUAGAUGGAGAUAAAAAAGAAAAUAAAUCACUUCCUUUCGCUGGUUUAGGAGGUAGUAGUAACACUGGAGCAGUAGGCUUUGGUUCUAAAUAAUAAGAUGACUCUGCUCCAUCUGCCUAGAAAACUUCUUCAAAUGUCUUUGGGGGAAGUGGAGAUACUUUAAGCAAAAAUAAACCUCUAGGUGGUCUUAAUUUAGGAGGAUUGGCAGCAGGAGGUGCUUCUGACUCAGCUAAUACUGCCAAUAUGUUUGGAUAAAAAUAGGGUGACUAAAAUUAACCACCAGCCUCAACCACUAAUAUGUUUGGAAAAAAACCAGAAGAAUAAAAAUCUGAUGGGUCCUCAGCAAAUAUGUUUUAAACAAGGCCUCAAGAUUAGCAAUAACCAGGAGCAGCAACUUAAUAAAAUGAUUAGUAGCCAGGUUAGGAUUAAUCCUAAGCAUUGCAACAAAAUAUCACCUAAGCUUAACCUUUAUCAUCAAAUGUCAAGGAUGAAGAAGUUGUUGGCUCACUUAUUAGCAAGUGGAAGACUUAAAUUGAGGUCAAUGAGAAAGAAUUCUAAGACACCUGCUCUCAACUAUUAACAUAUGAGAAAACAAUCUAUGAAUCACUUGGGCACAUUAAAAGACUUGAACAAUCAACAGUGGCAGUUAAGGAUGUUUAUGUAGAAAACAGUAAAGCAAUUGAAAGUAUUAUAAGUGAUUAAGAUACCAUCUUGAAAGAGCUCGAUUUAAUUGAUAACGAAGUGACUUAAAUCCUUGAGAGUCAUGGAAACACUAAGCUAGUUGAGUAUUUCGAAAAACAAUUUGCCAAUUAAGACUAGUAUAAAAUUUAAAAUGUAACUUAGAGAGAUGAGAUAUUCUAAAAUGCGCUGAAAAUUGAGAAAUAGAUUGAUGACAUGGCAAAAGAUCUAAAAGAAGUUCAAGCAAUGAUAGAUUAAAAGUAGUAGCAAAAAGAGCAAUAGUAUAACAUUGUAGUAGGUAAUUAACAAAUAAAUCUAGAUUCAAUAGUAAAUUCAUACUAUGAAACACUCGUAUGGCUUGAAAAUGCUUCGAUUGAUUUAAAUUACCAGGUGGAGGAGAUAGCUGAGAGACUAGGUCUCGAAACAGUUUAACCUAAUUAAGCUUGA